GAGAACAAUGCAAAUAAUUGAAGAGCAAAAAUAUCGUUUUGCUUUGUACGACAGUCAAACUGGAGGUGCUCCUCUUGCUUUGGGUUUAAAUCCAGUUGCUCCCAAAGCUGUUGUUAUAUACAAAACAAAUGCUCGUGUUCAAGAAGUACAUGCACCACCAAAAUCUUUGGCAACUUCUUCCUCUUCACCAAAAGCAGCUGAAAUGGGUCGUGCAAUGCCUAUUUACCCAGCACCUGAACGCGUGAGCCAACAACAAAUGGUAUUUAGAGAUAAAAAAGCAUCUAAAGAAGGACCUAGAAAUGCAGCGAAACUUUGCCUUCACCUAAUCAAGCUGUUCCAAUGAGAAGAAAACAGCAAAGCCAACCAGUUACUC